AUGGUGAAACUCACCAAGCGACUGAUACCAAGUUACUGCUCCAGGCAUUGGCGCGGCUGGCAUGCGCCGCCCUUUCCCGAGUCGCUGAUGGCGACCCAGCCGCGUAUGUUCCUGGACAAGUGGCUGGGUGCACGCAGCGAGGGGUCGCUGGAGGACCGUUUCGACAGUCGGUGUCUGGAUGUUCACGCGGCGGGCCUGGCGGAUCCCGAGACGUCGCGCGCCAUGUGCGACGACUGUCGCGCCGCCUACGAGUUCGACACGGCGGAGCAAAAGGCCGACAGGGAGGCGAGUCGUCUGAUUACGCGCCCGCUGCGGGUGCUCUGGGCAGCGGACGGCGCGGUGCCAAGGUAUUAUUGA